CCCCAAACCUCUCAGGUAUGGUCCAUCUACGGUGAUUCAUGCCCUGGUGUGUCCUUGCCCCAAAGCAUGAGAGGUUUUUUGCUGACAGCUCUGCUCAAAAAUGUUAUCUCCUGCCAUCGGGAUCCUCUGUGCUGGUGAAAAAGGACUUUGGCCUUUAUUUAACAAACAGCAUUUUUAAAUAGCUGUGAGGGCUAUGGGGGCUGUCAGGAUUAUGUCGUCCUCCCAGGUCUUCUGUUUUUUUUAAAAAAAAAAGGAAAUUUCAGUCCCUUCAUUACCCAUCAGAAGGGUGUUUUUGUUUCAGAAACUUACAGAGAAGGUCGUGGUCUCCUGUGCAUUUAUAAGGGAAGAGUUUCAUUUUACCUGAUCCCAAUUUCCAUGGCUUGCACAAAAUGAGCUCUCCAAGAGGGUAGGAAAUGCUGGUUUUAAAGUGAAGUGUGGAUGCUGGAAGAAAGGCUCACUUUCCUGAAAUGAUCUGUUCUCGCUGCGGAGGGAUGAGAAACUGAAAAAUAAGGAGCAGAAAGGGAAGCAAAUGCUUCAUGGAUUUACAUUUCAGAGCCAGUUCCCUUAAUUUAUUUUUUUCCCAGGGGAUCUUAGAUAGAGGGAGUUUGAAUCCUCUUUCUUAACCAUUUGGAAGCACAGUGUUUGCUGUAUAAGGAAAUGCACGUUUGGCAAUUUGUGUUUACUGGUUUUCCUUCUCUCAGCUUUGCCUUGUUCCUUCAGUGGAUCCAUUGAACCUGAGUGGCUUUAGACGUUUUUUUUAUUGAAAAUGAAAAUCCUGUGCUGUUUGCAGUCCCUGGUUGUGCCUGGGAAGGUCACAGAUUGGUGUCAUGUGGCAGCAGUGAUGGGUAGAAGACAUUUUUCAGAAGGAUAAAUAUUUUAGAGAAAACAUAACUUUCUUUAGUGUCUUUUAGCACAAAAUGGCAAGGGGAAGAAGUUGGAGGACUCUUGGUCUUGGGAAAGAGGGUGAUCUGUGGGAACCUUUCAUCUUAUGAGAAGGAAACUUGGCGUGUUAUGAUGUCACACGAGCACAGACUGAUGUGCAGGGCCAGGCUGUCCAGGCAGGGCAAGACAAGGACCUCAAGGAAGUGAUUUUCUGGGGGUCUGCAUGCGUUUAACAACUGUGCCUGCUUUCAAAUCCCGCAUUUCCUCCCACCCAGCAUGGAGUAUAAUUUCAGGGAUGCCCUGAGCCCUCCAACCACGACUGCUGUUUCUUCCCAAGCUCCAGUUUCCUUCCAGCCCAGAUCUGUAGAGUUCUGAUCUCAACCAUCAGAGGUUAAUGAGCAGGUCCCUGAGCAUCCUGCUCCUGACAGGGCAGCUUUUCCUUGGAAAUUUUAUUUUCCAGGCUAGGUGCUCCGGUGUGGCUGCUUUGGGGUGAGCAUCGUGCCUCUGGUGGGACCUCUGUCCUUCCUCCUGGUGGCCAAGCUGGUGACCUGUCACAGGGGGAAGACAUGAGGUGCAGAAGCCAGGUGCAUUUCCAGGACUUCUUUGGGGCAGUUUGUUGUUCCUGAGUAGGUUGCCAGUGGCUCUGAGGAACCUGUUGGGCUGCUGUGUGAUGAUCUCUGUGUGCUCCACCUGGCACCAUCUCGGUAAUCCACCAUCUCUGGAGGGAGCAGUUCACAUUUCCCACAGGCAGAGGGAUUUCCCAAGCCCUCAGCACUUCACCUGAGGUCUUUGCAGUGCUGAAAGUCCCUUUUCUGCACCCAAAGGCUUGUUGCUUCCUGCAGUCCUGAACCAGGGUGUGUGGACAUGGGCACAUCGCCCAGGGGAGAUGGGGAGCUGUAGCUCAUGUAGCAGUCUUCUGAAAAGGAAAGCAAUUUAAAAUAUUCCCCUCAAACAUGUUUUGAGCUGUCACCAAACUUCCUUUUCUUCCUCUGCCCCCACCAACAAGUGGUUUGUUCUUUCUGGAGUUACAGAGCCACGGUGAGGCCUUUUCCUCAGCUCCCUGCAGUCCAUGGGGUGAGGCUGGCAGGACACACCAUCGCUGUGGCAGUUCAUUAAAACUCAAUUUCCUGGCUUUUCAUGAUGAUCUAACAAAUGUAUCACCAGUGAGCCAAUGCACGGCCUAUUCCUGGCUCAUCCCUGUCCCAGGGAUGUCCCUGUGACAGCAGAGCAUCUGCUCCAUGGUUUUGUCAAACAAGGCUCUUCACUUUCCUCUAAGGCCAGCGCAGGAUUUGGGAUGCCCUCGUGACUCAGACAUUCCCAGCAGCACAGUGGUGCCCAGAGAUACCCACAUGGCAAAACGGGUGGUUUCUCCACCAGUGGCAGGGGCAAGCAGGUUCCCUGGGAAUUGCAGUGAGGAGAUAAGGUAUCAGUAAAUCCCGUUUCUUCCAAGCAGCCAGUCCAAAAAUCAGCGAGUCAAAGGGCGAUUCUGAACAUGACCCCGGAGUGAUGACGCAGACCCUGCUCGGCACCAGCUGGAAUGUUAACCCUUGGAUUGGGGGUGCACGAGAGAAAAGGGGAUGAAAGAGGAAAACUGAAACUCCUGAGUUGAGAUGGAAAACGUCAGAGUUCUUCUUCUAGUAGAGUUUGGAAACCCUGAGGAGCAAUCUUCUGUGAGGAUUAGGAGUCAUGGCCAGACUGGGAAGCAGCCCUCAUUCCACAGGCUAUGGAAUUCCAUCAAGCGGUGAUGAAGCAAAGAGGAGGAAAAGAUUCCCGUUCCCGAAUUCCUCGUGCACCAGAGCUGAUCAGUGCAAUCCCAGGAAGGUUAUUUUAGAGAGGCAGGUGCUGUCCCUAACUCAACAUAAACACAGCAGGGGAAAAAAAAAAUCCUCUCACCUCCUUGUGGGGUAGAAAUUAUUGAUUGGUUUCUUCUUAUCUUGUGCAGUGCUUGACUCACAGGGUUAUACUGCAACAAUUUCCAAGCUCAACUUUUCAGCUUGGAGCAGGUCUGGAGCUGGGAGACGUUCCUCUGGCCGCAGGAACAGUGCUCCCACCAUGUCUGGGAAGAGGUCCAAGUGCUGCUCCUUGCGCCUGCAGGUGAUCCUCAUCGUGUGCCUGGUGCUGAUGAUCACGCUGACCGUGGUGCUCCUCGUCCUCCACUUCCUCAACAAACGCAGCGAUGAUUCCAUCAACAUACCAGAAACAGCAAACUACUUGCUGGGCGUGGGUCGGGCUGACUGCACGGGACCAGUGGCACAAGUUCCCCUGAUGGGCUAUGCCAACCCGGAGCAGGCGGCUGGUGGGCUCCUCACACGCCUCUACAGCCGAGCCUUCAUCGUGGCAGACCCUGACGGCUCCCGGCGGGUGGUGUUCGUCAGCGCUGACAUAGGGAUGGUGUCCCAGAGAGUGAGGCUGGAGGUGCUCGAGAGACUGAAGAGCAAGUACGGUGACCUGUACCGGCAGGACAACGUCAUCCUCAGCGGCACCCACACGCACUCGGGGCCAGGGGGGUACUUCCAGUACACCCUCUUCUGGAUCACAAGCAGAGGGCUCAUCAGACCAUCCCUCAACUCGAUCGUGAAUGGCAUCGUGAAGAGCAUAGACAUAGCACAUGAGAACAUGAAGAGAGGAAGGCUUUUUAUAAACAGAGGCACUGUAGAAAACAGCCAGAUCAACCGAAGCCCUUUCUCCUAUCUCGCCAAUCCAGCAUCUGAGAGAAGCAGGUAUUCAUCCAACACAGAUAAAGAAAUGGUGAUUCUGAAGAUGGUAGACGAGGAUGGACAAGAGCUAGGCCUUAUCAGCUGGUUUGCUGUGCACCCCGUCAGCAUGAACAACACAAACCACCUCGUGAACAGCGACAACGUGGGCUACGCGUCCUACCUGUUCGAGCAGGACAAGAACAAGGGAAUGCUCCCUGGAGAGGGCUCUUUUGUUGCUGCCUUCGCCUCCUCCAACCUGGGAGAUGUGUCGCCCAACACCCGAGGCCCGACCUGCGCCAACACGGGCGAGUCGUGCGACAACCCCCAGAGCUCCUGCCCCGUCGGAGGGGCAGCCAUGUGCAUGGCCCAGGGUCCUGGGAAUGAUAUGUUUGAGAGUACAAGGAUUAUAGGGCAAAAUCUCUACUCAAAAGCAAAGGAGCUGUAUGAAAAGGCAUCCCAGGAGGUCACGGGGCCCCUGAGCUCAGCCCACCAGUGGGUGAACAUGAGUGACGUGUCGGUGGAGCUCAAUGCCACGCACACGGUUAAAACAUGUAAGCCAGCCCUAGGACACAGCUUUGCCGCGGGGACUAUCGAUGGCGUGGGUGCUUUCAACUUCACACAAGGCGCAGUUGAAGGUGACCCGUUCUGGGAUCAAAUCCGGGACCAGCUGCUGGGAGAGCCAUCAAAUGAAACAAAAGCCUGCCACAAACCCAAGCCAAUCCUCUUCAGCACGGGAGAGAUGACUCGGCCCCACCCGUGGCACCCGGACGUGGUGGACGUGCAGAUCGCUGCCAUCGGUUCGCUGGCCAUCGUUGCCGUGCCCGGAGAGCUCACGACCAUGUCUGGCCGCAGGCUGCGGGAAGCUGUUACAAGUGAAUUUGAUUCCCAUGGGAUACCAAGGAUGAAUGUGGUAAUUGCAGGUCUGUGCAAUGUCUACACCCACUACAUUGCCACCUAUGAAGAAUACCAGGUUCAACGAUACGAGGCUGCAUCGACUAUUUAUGGGCCACACACCCUCUCUGCCUACAUCCAGCUCUACAGAGGACUUGCAAGGGCUAUUGCCACGAACACCACCCAGGACUUGCCCCGUGGUCCAGAGCCCCCAUUUUUCAACAUAGGCAACCUGACCUUGCUGCCCUCCCUCGGCGUCGAAAGCGCGCCGACCAACAAGACAUUUGGGGAUGUGCUACAGGAAGUGAGGCAGCAGUAUCGAGUGGGAGAAGUUGCUGAAGUGACUUUUGUGGGAGCAAACCCCCGGAAUUCCGCGGAGAACGCGACUGAACACAACUUCCUGACGGUGGAGAGGCACACCAGCACUUCAGGCACCUGGCAAGUGGUGCAGAACGACGCCUCCUGGGACACCAGGUUUUACUGGACCAGAGGAUCCCUGAGUCAGAGCAAUGUGACCAUCGAGUGGCACAUCCCUGCUGGCACAGAGCCGGGGACGUACCGGAUCCGCUACUUCGGGCACUACAAGAAGAGAGUGUUCCUCAUUCGCACCAUCACCGUUCCCUUUGAAGGCUCCUCCUCGGCCUUUGAAAUCACAAGUCCAUAGGUGAUCUCAGUCAUUAAAGGAAUUGUUUCCCUUGAGUGGUAGGUUUGAUAUCUGGGAGGUUCUGUGCAGGGCUUGGAUGAUCCUCAUGGCUCCCUUCCAGCUCAGGAUAUUCUGUGAUUCUGUGAUGUUCUGGAAGGGGUUUUUUUGUGGCACCCGUGGCUCUGUACAUCAUUGCUGUCCCUCGAGUGCUGCUGGUCAUCCUUUGCUUUGCAAAGCUCAGCUUCCUGCAAAGUUUUGGCUUUUAGCUGCAGCUCAGUCUCCUCGUGUGUUCUCAUUCAAGCAGUUCCUGUCCUGGCCAGAUCUCAUUGCGGUUGAUUCUUAUUGUAAUAAAAGAUGUAACUUUUUCUUGUCAUUGAACAAGCACAUAUUGAUGGUAAAUAGGAUCUCUCUGAGGGAAUUAGUGCAUAUUGGGAGCUAAUCCAGGCCAUAAAAUAGUCCAUAAAAUUGAGCCAAGUCCAUAAAACUGGACAGAGCUGCUGAAUUCCCAAGGCAUCAGAAGGGAAGAUUCCUGAAGUGCAAA